AUGCAGCAUAACAACGGAUCUGGCUCGUCCCACAACGGCGAUUCCAGCCAAAGCGCGGGCAUCGAUCCUUCAGACUCUCCUCCUCAAACACCCGACACCAUUCACGACCAGAUAGCUUACUAUCGAAGCUUCCUCGAUCAGCUAUUAGGCAUAGUCCGCCACGGAGACCAGGAGUCUGUCAAUCGGAUGGUUACCGCCAUUCGCUCACACGCGUCCGACGAGGAAAUCCUGGCCUUGUUGACCCAGAUUUCGGGCGUAAGUGGCCCUGCGGAAGAGGAAUCCCGCGAGCAGGGCAAUAACAAUGGGAGAUAA